UCACACUCACCGUUCGCGCCCUCACCAUUCAUAAACUAGGGCUUUUUUGACGACGUUGACGACGACGACGGAGCACGCAAGCAGGCGACGACCAGUAGAGACUCGACUCGCAUCGGCCAACGACCAAUCCGCUCGCGGAAAAGCGAAAAGCAUUUAGCGACGGUCGGCAGAUCAUAUUCAUGGCGUACAACCAAGUUACAGCCUCCUCGCUCACGCCCUCCCGGCCCGCACCCCAAGCACCCACACGGCAGCCCUCCUCAGCGUCCUCCUACAACUCCCCCUCCCGCUCCAACACCGCGUCCUCUUUCGCUUCUACUACAGCCUACGCGCCCUCCAUCGCCUCCACCACCACCCUUAACAACAACAACAACAAUCAGUCCCCCGUCGUCAUGCCCGCUUCGAACACGUCCUAUGCGACGUCGUAUUCGGGCAUAGGCGGCUCUCCCGCCGUCGGCGGUUUUCCAGGCCAUAUGCAGAGGAAUUCGGAGCUCGGGGGAGGCGGGAGAGCAGGCGGGGGAGACGGCAUGGGGGGACAGGGAUUGUCGGGGGCGGGGAUUGUGAGGAGUGGGACGGUGGGGUUUAAGGAGGAUGCGUUCGCGAAUUGGCUUUGGAGGGAGAAGUAUCUGAUAUUGAGGGAGCAGACGCUCGCGGUGCAUAAGAAUGAGGCCUCCUCCGCCCAAACCACCAUCCAACUCUCCGACAUCUCCAACAUCGAACGGACCGACCUCAAACCGUACUGUCUCCUCCUCGAGACCUCCUCUCCCAACCGGCGUUUCUAUUUCGCUCUCAAAGGGGACGAGGAGCUGUACGGAUGGCAGGACGAUAUUUACUCGAGGAGUCCGUUGAGUGGGAGUUUGAGUGCGCCGACGAAUUUCGUGCAUAAGGUCCAUGUGGGGUUUGAUCCGGUUAGUGGGGCUUUUACGGGUAUGCCAGAACAAUGGAGCAAACUGCUCACGAAAUCGGCCAUCACGCGCGAGGACUAUCAGCGCGAUCCGCAGGCGGUGCUCGAUGUGCUCGAGUUUUAUACGGACCAUCAGAAAAGGGAGAUGGAGGAGAUGGGACUUUCGCCGGCGACGAGGAUGGGGGCCACAGGCGCACCCGCCCGCUUCAACGCAGGCACCGGCCUCGCCGGAACCGGCACCUCCUCCAAACUACCCCCCCUCCCCGAAACCCCAGACGCGCCCUCCCGCCCCUCCAUCUCCCGCGCCGAUACAUCCACGCCAGGCACGCCCGCCGCGCUCGCCCGUGCGGCGGAUUAUGUGAAUGAGGCGUCCGUUGGUGGAGGCAUCGGCGUUGGCGGAGGUGGUGGGGAAAGGGGUGGAGGAGGAGGGGGAGAAGGAGGAGGAAGAGGUGGGGGAAUAGGGGCGUUACAGCCUUCGAGGCCUGCGCCGCCUAGACCGCUGUUGACUGCGAAUCGGCCGGCUCCGUCUGCGCCUGGGAGUGGAAGUGGGAAAGAACAGGCGACGGCUUCGAGUGCGGAUUUGAGGGCGAGGGCGAAGCAGCAGCAGGGUCAGGGUGGCGGAGGGGCGAGUUUGGAUAUGGAUAGGGAGAGGGAGAGGAAGCCGGGACAAGGGCAGGGGCAGGGACCGGUGCCGGAGAGGAAGGAGAGUUUGUCGCCUGCUGGGGGACAGGGGCAGGGGCAGGGACAGAGAGAUAGGGAACGCGAAAGGGAGAGGGAGAGGGAGCAGAGGGUUGUGGAUCGGGAGCAGAGAGAGAGGGAGCGGGAGAGGAGGGAGAGGGAUAGGGAUGAACGGGAGAGGGAGAGGGCGGAACGAACGGAGAAGGAGCAGAGGACGCCGGCGAAGCCUUCCGGUGCUGCUGGUGCGGAGAAGACGCCUGCGACGGUGGUGAAGCCUCUGCAGCCGACGAAGAAGCCUGCGGAUAAGCUGGUGAUUGGGGGUGGGAAGGAGGAUGGAGAUGGGAGCGUGGCGGCGGCGGCGGCGGCGCUGGAGAAGCCGAAGGCGAAGGAGGUGGAGAAGAGGAUUAGUACGAUGACGGAGGUGCAGAUUAUGGAGAAGUUGAGGAGCGUGGUUAGUCCUGAUGAUCCAAAGUUGAUCUAUAGCAAGAUUAAGAAGAUCGGGCAGGGUGCCUCCGGCCACGUCUACGUCGCCAAAACGCUCGCGACGGGGAAGAAAGUGGCGAUCAAAGAGAUGGACCUGAUGAACCAGCCGCGGAAAGAGCUGAUCGUGAACGAGAUCCUCGUCAUGAAGGAGUCGCAGCACCCGAACAUCGUCAACUUCCUCAACUCGUACCUCGUCAAGAACAACGAGCUCUGGGUCGUGAUGGAGUACAUGGAGGGCGGCGCGCUGACGGAUAUUAUUGAGAAUAAUACGUUGGAGGAGGAUCAGAUCUCUUGUAUUUCGAAUGAGACGUGCAAGGGCUUGGGCCAUCUCCAUAGCCAGCAUAUCAUCCAUCGAGAUAUCAAAUCCGACAACGUCCUGCUCGACGCCCAAGGCCGCGUCAAAAUCACCGACUUCGGCUUCUGCGCGAAACUGACGGACCAAAAGUCGAAGCGCGCAACCAUGGUGGGCACGCCGUACUGGAUGGCGCCCGAGGUCGUGAAGCAGAAGGAGUACGGCGCGAAGGUCGACAUCUGGUCGCUCGGGAUCAUGGCGAUCGAGAUGAUCGAGCAGGAGCCGCCGUACCUCGACGAGGAGCCCCUGAAAGCGUUGUAUUUGAUCGCGACGAAUGGGACGCCGACACUCAAGAAGCCGGAGGCGCUGUCGAGGGAGCUGAAGAGCUUUUUGAGCGUGUGUUUGUGUGUGGAUGUGAAGAGUCGGGCGACGGCGAAUGAGCUGCUUGAGCAUGAGUUUUUGAAGAAGACGUGCCAGUUGUCAGGACUCGCUCCUCUGUUGAGGUUCAGGACGAAGCAAGCAUCAUGAACGCUCAACGUCGUGCUUGAUGUCUGUAACUGGCCCCGGAUGCCUGCUCUCAGUUCUCUUUCUCUUCUUCUUCUCCGUCUUUUGUCUCAUCCUGUAGCCCAACCUAGCUGGCAUAUAUCCCCUCGAUUUUUCACGCCGGCGCUAUAACAUACCGUUAGCAAAUCGCCCUCGUCUCCUUUCUCUCGUCUCGUCUCGUCUCUUUCCCUAUCUACCGGUACUUUCCUCUUUUAUCACUCUUUUUCGUUCCCUUUGUCUUUUGUUAUUCCCCUUCCUACCCGGAUAUUUUGCUUUCCCCCUUUCUAUCCCUCCUAGUCUCUUUCUCUUUCCUCGACUUACGACCUUUUGUGCCUGUUAAACUUCUCUUCCCUGUGUUUCUUCCCUGUUUCUGUUCCAAUCGAUCGAUGAUUUCCUCUUCUCUGUCUGUCUUAAGUACCCCUUCCACCUUGUCCCCUCUGUGUCUACUGUCCAUCCAUCGUCCAUCGGGUCUUAGCCGUUCCAUGAUCUAGGUAUGAACUCGCCAUGCGCCCCACCCCACCC